GCAACAAGAGCUCUUUCUUCAACUAGCAAAUUUCACAGAGCUACGACACGGACACUAGCCCUUCUUUCUAGCAACACAUCUCCACAACAUAUAUCCUACCGCAUACUCCAACACCGCCGCCAAACCAGCAUGCUGCACGCCGCCGGUGAAUCCGCGAAAAAAAUCUUCGCCCCAACAUCGAACUCUAAAGAUCCAGGCCAUGCAACCCAGUACAACAAAGGCGCGCUAGACCGCUCCGACCUGCUCCCUUCCCCAACGGAGCAAUUCCACAAGUGGUUCCAAGAAGCUCAAAGCAAUGGUGUUUACCAGCCCGAAACCGUAACCUUUUCCACUGCCGAGCUCCCUAGUGGCCGCGUCUCGGCACGAGUCGUCUAUAUGAAAGAGCUUGAUGACCGCGGCUUCGUCAUCUAUAGUAACUGGGACACGAGCCGCAAAGCGAGCGAUGUGCGGAGUAAUCCUCACGCAGCACUGACGUUUUAUUGGCGCGAACUUGAGCGUCAAGUGCGUGUUGAAGGGCCCGUCGAACGGCUUACAGAUGAGGAGUCACAGGUUUACUAUGAUACGCGGAUCAGAGGAUCGAGGAUUGGUGCGUGGGCGAGUCAACAGAGUAGUGUGAUUGAAGGAAGGGAGGAACUAGAGAAGAGAGUAGAGGAUGUGGAGAAGAGAUUUGAGGGCAAGGAUAAGAUUCCUGUACCGGAGUUUUGGGGAGGUCUGAGAGUUGUGCCGGAGAUGGUCGAAUUCUGGCAGGGAAGACCGAGCAGGUUGCAUGAUCGCUUUGUCUAUCGGAAGGUUGACGGUGAGGGCCAGGAAGGCAAGGGAAUCAAGGAUUCGGAAUGGAAGAUUGAGAGGUUGAGCCCUUAGUUGGCACUCGCUUUACACUUAUGUAAUCUCCCCUCAGUUCUAGUACUUUAUGACAAGAUCUUCAGUACAAGUCUU